AAGGGUGUUUAAAUCUGUGAUAAAACUAAUCCAGCCGGCAAUUUUUGCUGAUACAAGCAGUAAUGGUCGGUUACACCUUUACUUGGUUGGACUACACAAUUUUGUGCAGCCUGUUGGGAUGUAGCGUAAUGAUCGGCCUAUAUUUUGGAUUUCGUAAAAAACGAAAGGAGCGCGAUGACUACAUUUUGGGCGGAAAAACGAAUAUUCUUGCGGUGGUCGCUUCGUUGAUCGCCAGCAACGUGUCUGGAGUCAUCUUGGUAGGAUUUCCGUCCGACAUAUACCAGUUUGGAGCAAUGUAUCUCUGGUCGCCCGUCUCUUAUAUCGUUGCCAUUUUCUGUGCAAUGUUUAUAACGAUGCCAGUCUUAGUCAAUUUGGAAACCGCAAGUAUCUUUUAUUAUUUGGAAGUAAGAUUCACUCGAAAAGUGCGGUUAAUUGCGUCAACGCUUUGUGUCAUCCAAACAGUGUUGUUCUGCCCGAUUACUUUGUACGUACCCAGUAUUCUACUAGAGCAAAUGACUGGCUUUUCCGGUACGAUCAUAUCAAUCGUCACAUGUCUGUUUUGCGUUUUUUACACUACUCUGGGAGGUUUCAACGCGGUCGUGUGGACUGAUGUCUUGCAGACCAUUGUCAUGAAUGUCUGCUUAAUUGUUGUGUUGAUAAUUGGAUUCAACGCAAGCGGUGGGCUGGGUACUGUGUGGUCCGAGUCGGUUAAAGGUGGACGUUUGGACAUACUAAGGUUCAAUUUGGACCUCACAACGCGAGAAUCUAUUUAUACCAUUGUCUUUUCCUAUUCGCUAAUGCUUAUGAUGCCCAUUACAUUGGGUCAACCGACGCUACAACGAUUGAAGUCACUUCGAUCAUACGGGGAAGCGCAUAAGGCGAUGGUUUUGCUACUGCUGGGUCUUGUCGCAAUGAACGUUUUUGUCGUACUAGUCGGACUUACGAUCUACUCCCGUUACUCUCACUGUGAUCCCCUGCUGAGCAACAAAAUUAAGAACUACGAUCAAAUCGUUGCAUACUUUGUAAUGGAUACCGGAGGACAAGUGUUUGGAUUACCGGGUUUAUUUAUUACGGGAAUAUUUAGCGGAGGAUUGAGUACUUUAUCAACAGCUUUUAACUCGUUACCGGCCAUACUUUACUGCGAUUUUUUGGAACCAGUCCUUUCGACACAAUUCAAUGAAAAACAUCGAGAUACAAUUUUGAAAAUAAUUGUCCUUCUUGCUGGAGGCGUGUGCGUUAUACUUACAUACCUCAUUCAGUAUCUUGGAGGAAUACUUCCAACAAUGACCAGCUUCUUUGGCAUCUUUGGAGGACCCGUGGUCGCACUGUACACGCUAGGAUUGGUUUUUCCUAAAUCAAAUGCUGCGGGCGCUUUGGUAGGAAGUGCUACAGCUGUGGUGUUCGUGGUAUGGUUAUUCGUCGGUCACCAGUACUUCAAAUAUAAAGGACUCAUUAAAGAUCACUUAAAACCAAUGUCGAUAGAAAAUUGUGAAUCCAUAAUUAACUCCACGAUCACAGUGGAGAAACAAGAGGAGGAGGUAUUUGUGCUAUACCGAAUCAACUAUUGGUAUUACACUUUGAUUAGCUUCCUUAUAACAAUUACAGUGGGAUACAUAGCCAGUCUACUUACUCGUAAAGAUGGUGAUAUACCACGAUCUGAAUUGAUCUCUCCAUGGUUUAGACGUUUUGUCCCUCAAGAGAACCCAAUGCCCCAACGUUUAAUGGACCCUGCUUUAGAACCAUUAGAAUGCUUAAAAUCUUCUCAGAAUAUUCCUCUAGAAUCCUUCGAAUUGAGUCAGGAUAAAUGUAGGUUUGGUGCGUAGUGUACAAUUCAACAUCCGUGACUCUACGGAACAAACAGCAAAUACAAACUGUUGGUAGAAAAAACACCAGCACUGGAACGGUACUUACUUAAUGGGGCCCCUUACAGAAUAAUUUUAAAAUUAUACAUACAUGCAAUAAAGGUUGUAACAGGAACAUAUUAAAUGGGGUUUAAUUUUUGAUUCGUUACAUCCAUUAUAGAGUUGGUCAUUCCAAAAUUUUAGUGUUGAUUUCUGUAUACGUCGUGUCCUGUUAAUGAGUUUCGGAAGUUUUUGGGUCAGUAUGCCCGGCACUUAUAGUAGAGAAUAUUAUCUUAAUGAGGUGUACGUGAUCAAAAUUGCGUGACAUUUAAGGUUCCUGGGAAAUGCAGGAUUGGAAAAGCAAAAGAGCGUGGGAUGAUGAAGAAUGACCCUAGCGCUUGUAAUCGCCUACAGUUUCUAAAAAAAUUGUAUUAUUUUUACCUUC